AUGGCAGCUGCAGCCGGCAAGCGAGCUUAUGCUGGCGGUGGACCAAGGAUCGGCGAGAAGGGAAAGUUUGAGGGCGAGUUCAAAGUUCAGAAGCAGGCUCCCUAUAUCAAGCACCGCCUUGACGUCUGGGAGAAGCUGUACAAGAAGUACACGGACGGUCUAGCGUCCAAGCCGCAAAAGAAGAUCGAGAUCGAGCUACCGGAUGGCACGAAGAAGAAUGGCGAGGCCUUCAAGACGAGCCCCAUGGAAAUUGCGAUGUCCAUCUCGAAGGGCCUCGCUGAAUCGGCGGUGGUGGCAAAGGUGAUCUACAAGGAGUCUGUGGAGUCGCUGAAGCAGUGCGUCGUCGCAGAUGUUGAGGAGGAUGAGCCCGAGGAACAAGCGGAUGCGGAGCAGAGCGUCUUGUGGGACAUGACGAGGCUUGCCAGGGUCAAAGGAGCGAGAUGCCCGGAGCCGUUCACGAGCAUCCCUCUACAUCUUUGUCUCAGUCGCCGCUGGCGGAUAUGGAGGCCAUCAGUGUUGGAAGACUUCUUCCCCGAUGUGGAGAAACACCAAAAAGAGACAUCCCGCUGCCAUAUCUUCAUCAGCACCGACGAUCACAUCAACGACUCGGAGUCGAUUGUCCGGAAGCAGUGGUGCUGCCAAAUUCUUCUGAAUGCCCGGGCUGCUGCCGUUGCAACGGCUUGCGUUAGUUUCACUGUAGGCAUCCUCCAGGUCCAUGGGAGCGUUCCAUGCAGCAUCUGGACCGCGGUCAUUUCCCACCUGACUUCGCUUCUUGUCCUCUUCUUCUGGCAGUACAUCCGAGCUUGGAUUGGACUGCCUCAGCUUACCUUUCUGAGAGAACUCUGUGUCCCUCGCAAGUCCGAGCUCCGACCGGCAGAGCUGCAGAAGCUGAGGGGCAUCUUGAAGCGCUCGCAGACACUGGUGGUGAUUUGCUCGGCCAGUUAUUUCCGGUGCCCGUUGUGUGUCUACGAAGUCGUCAGCUUUCUGGCACAGUCUAGAGGAGAAGGCAACGUGCUUGCGAUGCCUGAAUCGAUGGGUUGGCUCUUCUUCCUCUUCUACUUGAGCUGCCAGUGUCUGGUAUUCGGCCUGUAUGCCUUCUCAGGAGUUCGAGAUGCCAGCAGCAUGACGAGUUUGAGCGUGGCUUGUGUACUGGGCGGCGUGGGUGUUGCUGUAGCCUUUGGGCAGCUUCGGCAUCUGUUCUCCUUGGCCAUGCAGAUGCAGACUUUAGCUCAGCUGGCCACUGUGCAGAUCCGACGAUUCAGCGUUGAGAAAGCCAGCUGCGAAUGCUGUCAUUUGCGGCACGUGCACCCAAUAACUGGAUCGACAUUACCGUGCGACUUUAUCGAGGUCUGUUCAUUGAUCGAAGAAGCGUCAAGAGGCGAUGGCUUGCAGCUGUUCAACAUGAGAGUGCGUGAGCAAGCUGCGACCUUGCUGCGACUCUCGUCGUGUCGUGUGUCCGCCCCCAUGCUUGAGCUGCUGAGCACUUGUGUGCUGCCAACGCUGCCUCGGUAUAUGUUACUGUGGUCCUUGGGCCCUGCAGAGACCCUGGCGAUGGGGGAACUUGUUGUAUGGUAUCUGUUACUGUUGCUUCGCUGGGCCAGCCUCUUUCUGGUCGUGCUCUUUGCCUUGUGCAUGCUCCUCGCGCUUGCGAGAGUGGGACAGGCCGUGAGCCACCGCGUGCCGCCCGCCUUGCUGCAGUGCCUCCUGUGUUCAACGUACAUCGUUGCGGUGGCAGUCACCUGGGUCGCCAUGCGGCUCUGCUUUGUUGAAGAACGUCUUGGCACCUUGCUUCCAAUCUGUAUGUUCCACAUUCUGCUCUUCGUCGACAUCUGCCUUUCGUUUCCGUGCUUCGCUCUCCCGGAGAGUGACAACGACGACUCCGACUCCUCGGCCUUUGCACUCUGA